AUGAAGGACGAAAGUCCACGGGCGCAAGCCGGAACCAAACCACCCAACGCUAGAUCGACCAAGAAGAAGCCAGCAAGAUCAAAGUCGUCGCGGAAGAAGAUGAAGGCUCCAGACUCCGAUGCUGACGAUGGAGCCGAUUUCACGACCGUGGUUGAGGACCAACUGGCUGUAACGUACCACAAGAAGGAGCUGAACGCUUUCCUGCUUCAGGACGACGUGAUGAAGCUCCUCCGGCCAAAGCUCCUCGGCGAUCUUGCGGGACCGGUGUCACAGCCGACCCCUGGAUCGGACAAGUUGGAUGCCGUACAGACCCUGCUACGGCUCUUCAAAGAAGUUGGCAUCAUCGCAGGAGCGCUGGAUGCGGAAAGCCUGUUCAAUCUGAAGCUCAACACGAUCCAGAACUCGACAGAGAGGCCGUUCCUGUUACUGAAGCCGUUGGUCGGUGAGUCGAGUCGAUCCUUGAAAGAAACAUCAAGAUCGCCUCAGACGCUAUCGAGAUCGACACCCGCCAGAUCGACGCCUGCGCCCAACCCGGGUGACCAAACUCCGACGUCAUCUCCGUACGUGUCUGCAACGGAAGACGUGGACUCCGAUAGUGUCGAUGAUCCGCCGCCACGUAUGACGCUUGGUCCUUCUGGUGCCGCCAUGCUACGAAGUCGAGCUGAGCGUGCUGGGGGCGAGGCGGCGGUACCAAGGCGAGAGCCGAAGGCCACAGCAACCUUGACGCGGCACUCACCGGAAAAACUCGAGUCAUUCUUCUAA